AUGGUCGCCGCUUUCUUAACCGCGCUGGACGGCCCGAAGGGUGGGGAUGGCAUCGUCGUGCUCGGGGCGACGAACCGGCCCGAUGCCCUGGACCCGGCCAUCCGUCGCGCCGGGCGCCUGGAGAGGGAGAUCGAGGUGGGAGUGCCAAACGCGGAGGACCGGACUCAAAUCCUCCAGGUGCACCUUGGCAAAGUCCGCCACAUCCUCAGCGAGGAGGAGCAGCGGGAGCUCGCACGGAAAUGUCAUGGCUACGUUGGAGCGGACUUGCGUGCGCUUUGUACCAGCGCCGCACGAAAUGCACUGCGUGCCGGAAAGGAGGCCGUUGAUCUUCAGAGCUGUUUAGCCGCUGCGGGACAGAUCCCACCCUCGGCGCUCAAGGAACUCCUCGUCGAAGUCCCCCACGUACGAUGGGAGGACAUCGGGGGCUACCACUCCACCAAAGAAGCGCUCAAAGAGGCCGUGGAGUGGCCCAUGCGAUACGCCUGGGCUUUUGAGGCCAUGCGCAUGGAGGCCCCCAAAGGCGUGCUGCUCUACGGCCCGCCGGGAUGCUCCAAGACCAUGAUGGCUAAAGCAGUGGCGACGGAGACGGAGAUGAACUUCAUCUCGAUCAAGGGACCGGAGCUCUUCUCAAAGUACGUGGGUGACAGCGAGCGGGCCGUGCGGGAUGUCUUCCGAAAGGCGCGGACAGCAGCGCCAUGCGUCGUCUUCUUCGACGAGGUCGAUGCGCUUGGCGCCAGCCGCGAGAGCGAGGGAGGAGGCGUCUCCUCGCGGGUUCUGGCGCAGCUUUUGGCGGAGAUGGACGGGAUUGGUGCCGCGACAGCUGGCAGCACCACGCGGCAUGUGGUGGUCCUCGGGGCGACAAACCGGCCGCAAGCCUUGGACUCCGCUUUGGUGCGCCCAGGACGCUUCGAUCGCCUGGUUCACGUGCCGCUGCCUGAUGCAGAUGCCCGGCUUGCCAUCUUCGAACGACAGCUGUCGCGCAUGCGUGCAGCGCCCGAUGUAUUGGCCUCCUCUUUGGUCCCACAAACGGCAGGCUACAGCGGCGCUGAGGUGGUCAUGGUAUGCCGUGAGGCAGCACUCUUGGCCAUCCGCGAAGCUUUGGGCGCCAAGAAAGAGGCAGAGCCCUGCGCAACUCCGGCGCACUUCGAGAGGGCUUUGCAGACGGUGAAGCCUCGAAUCACUCCGGAGACUGCCCGGUUCUACGAGGACUUCGAGCGGAGCCUGCAGCCGGGGUGA